AUGGUAUCGCAUGCUCUGUGGGCGAGAAAGCCUACCCGGCCUUUGACCGAUCUGACGGAAUCGGCCGAUGGAGAGGGGGCAGGAGCUACACCUGCUCGUGCGACCCCAGCUUCUGCGAGAGGUCGGACAGGGCCUGGCCGCUGGAGCAGCUUGCGGCCCGCCUCCCGCUCGAUGUAUGAGUCGGCACUUCAUACGCAGGAACCCAGGCUGCCAGGGUUGAUGAACCUGGACAACGUCAUCCAGUGCCUGCAGAGGGACGAGCGGCGCCAGGCUUUGACGUCCCGCUCAGCGCAUCGGCCAAAGGUGCCGCUGCCGACGAGUCCUCAGCAGCACAAGAAGUACUGCUUUGAGUUGACGGGCGCCCCUCCACCGGGACCGCCGGAGGGCGAAGCGGCGCCAGGAGAACCAAAGCACAGCGUCGAGACUUUGCAGACGGUGUUCCAGCGUUUGGCAGAGCCUUCCUCCAUCCCGCAUCGGAAGUUCCUGGCUGCCAUCUUCACGGACAAGGAGCUCUCCGGGGUCCUCCAGAGGUUCACAGCGGGCUUGCACCUGCCCGAGAUGAAGGAUGAGACAGCGCAUCGAAGAGCUGUGCGGAAGGCCCUUGUUCAGAAGAUCUUGAAGAUCUUGAAGGAAGCUGACAAGGACAACAGUGGAAGCACCGAGUGGGAUGAGUUCCUGGAGUUCUUCCGCGAAGCGGAGUGUUUGCUGGAAUACCAGUCCGAGUUUGCGAAGGGACGAAACCGCUCUGUGCUCCACGAUGAAGUCGACGCCAUGAGGAUGAGGAAGGCUUUCACUGAAGGCCAUGCCUCGCCACAGGCGAAGGACACAUCGAAGGAGGACAUCCACUCGCGAGCGGCUGGCAUCGGUAGGCGAGCCAGCUUUCGCCUGGCACCCUAA